AAAAAAAAAAAAAUCUGAUAAACUGGUUCCCGAUUAAUAAAAUAAACACAUGAUUCAGAGUCGAGUGUGAGUGUGAGAUGAGAUGGUCCGUAUAAUAUUGUCAAGAUCAUUGUUGUUGAUUCAAGGUGCCUUGCGCAGGAAGAUCUUUGAAGAGAGAUUUGACUCGGUAAGAGGUUUGAUGGUCAUUCCAAAGGUGCAUUUUUACUCCUCGCCAGGAAAUUUAACAGGACUUGAUUUAAAAGAUGUAGAGCGUAAGCUGCCGGUGUACUUUAAAAACAGUAUCAAUCAGGAAUGUUUAUCUGUGAAAACUAAUAUACCUUCAUGCAAUGAACAUUUGGUUGUGUACUUAAUGAAGGGUAUACCAGCUCUGACUCUGCAGACCGGCUGUGGAUUCCGAUUGGUCAGGUCAGAGGACACUUUAAGUGUGACCGUACACUCCAAAGAUAAAGAGAAGGCUAGAGAGGCCCUGACACUUCUCAAGACUUGGCUGGAGAAUACAGUAGAAACGGGCAUACAGAAACAUGCUUGUAAUAAAAGACUGCACCUCCCCUUCACAAGAGAAACACCAGCACUGAUUCUAAUCCGGGCCUUAACACACAGAGGACAUGACAACAUUAAGGCUAUUGGAGCAGCAACGGGUACAAGGAUUACAUAUUCCCCCCGAGGUGCCAAGCAACCCUACGUGAUGGUCCAUGCAGAUUCAUUGGAAAAAAUGUGGGAAGCAGUUAGUCUUACUAAAAAACUGUUUGACCAAACUGUGAAUUAUUUAAAGAACUGUUCAGUUGGAAAGUUGAUGAUUCCUGAUAAUUUACCAUCAGACUUUGAUGUUUAUUGUUUUACAGAGCUCUUAAAAGAAGUCUUAAUGGAGAAGUAUGGGGAGAGUCAACCCAUUGUGACGCUGUGUUGGAAUGAACAUAAAACGAAAGAUGAAGAAAUCUACGCGUACUACGACAUCAGAGCAGGAACAUCGGAGGAGGUGGAAGAAGUAAAGAGUCUGAUCCUAAGGAUGUUAGAAAGGGAGGUGGAGCGGUUUAAAUACCAGUCCCACAUCACAGUGUAUUACCCACCAGAGGGGGAGUACAGGAAGUUCACAAAGCUCAUGAACAAUGAAGGCCUCCAUUUACUCAAUGACUGGAGAACCAGGGAGGGAUCUCUACUGAAUAUAAGGCUUCACUUCAAAGGGGAUCAGCAGCGGAGAGAGGAGGCGAAAGUGACGGGAAACCCCCAACGGCAUCGGAAAAUCCACAUCAGGGGAGAUCAUCCAGAGGACGUUCAAAAGGUGGCCCAGAAGAUUAAUACAAUGAUUAAAAACUAUACAGAUGUUUAUAUUCAUUAAAUGUCUAU